AUUGCUAAAGUGCCUCAAGUGAGUUAUCAGCAUGGCAGUGGUUAUUAUGGAGAUAUUACUGUAGGAGAACCACCACAAACAUUUCAAGUUGUAUUUGAUACUGGUAGUUCUGAUGUAUGGGUAGUAUCCAGUAAAUGUACAACAACAGGUUGUGCGAAUCAUCGACAAUAUACAGCACAACAAUCUCGUACUUAUCGGAUGGUGAUGGAAGUGAAUUAUGGUACAGGACAUGUAAGAGCAUGGUUGGGACGAGAUACGGUAUGUGUGGGAGGCAUGGUAUUGAAGGAACAAGUGAUUGGGGAAGCCACGUCGUUAUCGCAUGAUUUUAUGGGCACACCGUUUGAUGGGAUCUUCGGCUUGGGAUUAGCUGCUCUGGCCAGUUCCAAACACUCACCUCCGUUUUAUACAAUGAUGGAUGAACAAUUAUUGGAUGAUCAACUGUUUGCUCUUUAUAUUCAACCACGUGGGGGUGAAAUUGAUUUUGGGGGUAUCGAUCGAUCUCGGUUCAGUGGUCGUUUGAUCUAUAGUCCUUUGGUGGAUGAUCAUUAUUGGCAAAUUCAGUUGGAUGCAGUUGAUUUGCAGAACGGGGACAAACAGGUACGUUUAGGUGCUCGUAAGGCCAUUGUCGAUAGUGGGACGACGUUGUUGAUUGUUACCCCCGACGAUGCUGAAACCAUCCAUGGUGCUAUUGCUGGUGCCGUCGCUAAUGGGGAUGCUACUUGGUCUAUUCCUUGUAAAGAUGUUGCCUCUUUACCACCUCUCAGGAUCUCCCUUGGCAAUGAUGUCUUGUCUUUACCUAGUUCGGCUUAUGUGUUGGAUCCUCUUCAUUCUUCUACCACCAUGUGUCUCUCUGGGAUCUCGGGUCAAGUACUGAACUAUGAUGAAGAAACUUGGAUUUUAGGUGAUACUUUUAUGAAACACUAUUAUACGGUCUUUGAUUAUGGUAGACGUCAAAUUGGAUUUGGCGAGGCGAAUUCUGAU